AGAAACCCGGGUUGGGGCAGGAGGCGGCUAGAGCGGCAGCGGCGGCGGCGGCGGCGGCAUCCGGAGUAGCACUGAGAUCUUCCGGUGCCGGGAAUUGCGGUCAUGGAUCAUAUUACGGUACCCAAGGUAGAAAACGUGAAAUUGGUGGAUCGUUAUGUGAGUAAGAAACCAGCUAAUGGGAUUCUUUAUCUUACUGCAACCCACCUGAUCUAUGUGGAGGCUUCAGGUGCAGCCCGGAAAGAAACAUGGAUUGCACUCCAUCACAUUGCCACUGUGGAGAAGUUACCCAUCACUAGCCUGGGCUGUCCCCUGACCCUCCGCUGCAAGAAUUUCCGGGUGGCCCACUUUGUUUUAGACUCUGACCUUGUGUGCCAUGAGGUUUAUAUUUCACUGCUCAAGCUUUCUCAGCCAGCAUUACCUGAAGAUCUUUAUGCUUUUUCUUAUAAUCCCAAAUCCUCAAAAGAGAUGAGGGAAAGUGGAUGGAAACUGAUUGACCCAAUAUCAGACUUCGGGCGUAUGGGAAUACCCAACAGAAACUGGACCAUAACAGAUGCCAACAGAAACUAUGAGAUAUGCAGCACCUAUCCUCCUGAAAUAGUGGUUCCUAAAUCUGUUACCUUGGGAACGGUGGUUGGAAGUUCAAAGUUCAGAAGUAAAGAACGUGUCCCUGUGCUCUCCUACCUCUACAAAGAGAACAAUGCUGCCAUUUGCCGCUGUAGCCAGCCUCUCUCUGGAUUUUACACUCGCUGUGUAGAUGAUGAGCUCUUGCUGGAGGCCAUUAGCCAAACAAACCCAGGGAGCCAGUUUAUGUAUGUUGUAGACACAAGACCAAAGUUGAAUGCCAUGGCCAACCGAGCAGCUGGGAAGGGGUAUGAAAAUGAAGACAACUAUGCCAACAUACGCUUCAGAUUCAUGGGCAUUGAGAACAUCCAUGUAAUGCGGAGCAGUUUGCAGAAACUCUUGGAAGUUUGUGAAUUGAAAACUCCAACAAUGAGUGAAUUUCUUAGCGGCCUGGAGAGCUCAGGGUGGUUAAGACACAUUAAAGCUAUUAUGGAUGCUGGAAUUUUCAUUACAAAGGCAGUGAAGGUAGAAAAGGCCAGUGUCUUAGUCCAUUGUUCUGAUGGGUGGGACCGCACAGCACAAGUCUGCUCGGUGGCUAGCAUCCUCCUAGACCCAUUUUAUAGGACAUUCAAAGGACUCAUGAUCUUGAUAGAGAAGGAAUGGAUAUCCAUGGGCCACAAGUUUUCCCAAAGGUGUGGCCACCUCGAUGGGGACUCUAAAGAAGUGUCCCCUAUCUUCACCCAGUUCCUAGACUGUAUCUGGCAAUUAAUGGAACAGUUUCCCUGUGCCUUUGAGUUUAAUGAAAACUUCCUGCUGGAGAUUCAUGACCAUGUUUUCUCCUGCCAGUUUGGAAACUUCCUUGGUAACUGCCAGAAGGAUCGGGAAGAUCUAAGAGUCUAUGAGAAAACACAUUCUGUGUGGCCUUUCUUGGUUCAGAGGAAACCAGACUUCAGGAACCCUCUCUAUAAAGGCUUCACUAUGUAUGGGGUACUCAAUCCUAGUACUGUGCCCUACAACAUUCAGUUCUGGUGUGGGAUGUAUAACCGCUUUGACAAAGGGCUGCAGCCCAAGCAGAGUAUGCUAGAGAGCCUCCUGGAAAUUAAGAAACAGAGAGCAAUGCUGGAAACAGAUGUGCAUGAACUAGAAAAGAAACUAAAAGCCCAUGAUGAGCCACCAGAAGAGAUCUGUACCUGCUCUCAAUUAGGAAACAUAUUAUCCCAGCAUCUGGGAAGUCCUUUGACCAAUCCUCUUGGCUUUAUGGGUAUUGAUGGAGACCUGAAUACCUUGAUGGAGAAUGGCACCCUAUCCAGGGAAGGAGGCCUCCGAGCUCAGAUGGAUCAAGUAAAAAGCCAGUGUGCAGACCUCCACCAUAACUGCUGUGAGAUUGUGGGCAGCCUUAGGGCCAUAAAUAUCUCUGGGGAUGUGGGCAUCUCUGGAGGGACAGGCAUCUCUGAGGCCAUGGGCAUCUCUGGAGACAUGAGCACCUUUGAGGCUAUGGGCUUCUCCGAAGACUUAGGAAUCUAUGGGGCCAUGGACAUCUCUGAGGCCACUGGCAUCUCUGGAAACUUGGGUAUUUCUGAGGCCAGGGGUUUCUCUGGGGACAUGGGCAUCUUGGGGGACACAGGCGUCUCCAAGGCCAGCACCAAGGAGGCAGACUACUCCAAGCAUCAGUGAGGUAGUUACUCAUCUUCCAUGCUAGGUAUACCUACAGCAGCUACAAUGAUUCUUGUCCCAGAGAGGGCUAUGCUGCUUUUCCAAUUGGUUUAAGUGGGUGAAGCCAGGGCACCCCUCUCCCCACUUAAGUCUGGAAGGGAAUUACUUUACUGAUUAAGUGACCAAUAUGUUCAUAUUAAGCAGUACAGAGUGUAGGCAAGAGAAAGAAUAUGUUAUUGUUCUAAAAUGGGAUUUAACUAUAGAAAUGUUGCCUCUCAGCUGAGACACAUAUUAAGCUGGUUCUACUGUCUGUUUUCCUUAAUGAUCGACCUCCCCUAUUUUCUAUCCUCACUGCUGUAAUAUGAGAGUGAAGUGGAAAUAUUGUCACAAUGGUCAAUAAUGACCCUUUUGAGGGUAUGGAGAGAUGGUAUACAGCAGGUAACUGUGAAUUGCAGAAUAAAUUAAAAGAAAAUUUUA